UGAGGCGUGUUCACGAGAGUCUGUCUCACACGCCACAUGUGGCGGAGCUGAGGGCGGCGAACAUCUGGCGAUGUCUGACAGAAGAAGGAUCACGAACUUGUAUGAAAGGAAGGAGAUUUCGUCUUGAAGUUGGCGUUUCGGCCAAAGAUUGUUUGGAACUGAAGCAUGGACUGCGACGAAGGAGUGAUGAGCACCAGCCACCAGACCGGAUUGGGGAUGAACUGCCUUCUCAGCCCAAAGUACCGACACGCUGGCCCGGGCCUCACCAGUCCUCAGGAGUACAACCAGUGGCUACCGUACCGCCACGACGCCAGCCUGCUGCCCAUGAAGGAAGACCUGGCCUUCUGGCUCAACACCAUGAUGGGUGUGGACCUCACAGCAGACAGUCUGAUGGAGAGGUUAGAUAACGGUGUGGUCCUCUGUCAGCUGGCACAGCUGCUCCAGGAGAAGAUGAUCCACGGCAUCAAUGACAAGCCCUUUACAAGAAGAGUGAUCCACUGGCGAGCUGAUGCAACUUCUGGAUCGUUUUUCGCCCGAGACAACGCAGCCAACUUCCUCUACUGGUGUCGAAAGAUCGGCGUGGAUGAGGCUUACCUUUUUGAGUCAGAGGAUUUGGUCCUCCACAAGCAACCCCGGGACGUGUGCCUGUGCCUGAUGGAGCUGGGGCGGAUUGCAGCCAGGUACGGAGUGGAGCCUCCGGGGCUGGUGAAGUUGGAGAGAGAGAUAGAGAGGGAGGAGGCGGUUUGCUUGACUCCAUCAUCCCCUCUGCCCAUCUCCUUUUUUCCUUCUCCAUCAUUGUAUUCACCAUCACAGUUCUCCCUGCCCCCAACCCCCUCUCCUCCUCCCCCUCCUCCUCCUCCUCCACCUGCGCCCCUCACUCCGAGCAUGACCCGUCUGCCUGAACCCCUCGCCUCUGAUCUUCCAUCAGCCACAACAAACCCAGUGGCUACAUGUAUAUCCCCUCCCCAGUCCUCCAUCUCAGCCCCUAACCCGUGUACAACCACAGCCUCAACACAAACACCUUUGUUCUCUUCAUCCUGCGCCACUAACACAUCUGCACCAACACCGAUGUCAGCGCCCUCACCAGGCCAAGACCCGGCAUCCCCUGCGAAAGUCUCCUCUACCACAGUCAACAACCACACUCCGGCAGGUACACCCCCCAUCAGCCCCCCACCUGCGGCCCCAACACCUCGAUCCUCCAGAAAACCCUCAUGCAGGAGGAGCACGGGCACCAACAACAUUUUGGAUGAUAUUGUUAGGAAGAUUAUUGAAAAUCCCCCCUGCAGCUGUUCUACCAGGUUCCUUGUUGAGAAGCAACCAAAAGGCUGCUACCGCAUUGGGGAUAAAGUUCUAUAUAUCCGGAUGCUGAAUGAGCGUCACGUGAUGGUGCGUGUGGGCGGAGGCUGGGAGACCUUCAUCAGCUACCUGCAGAAACACGACCCCUGCAGAGGAGGACCGGCCGGCAGGUCCGAGGUCAGGGUCUGCAGGUACAAAGCGAAGUCACCAAGUCUGAACAUCUCACCUGACAGCUACAUGGUGGUCGGCGCCCAUUACCGUGGCAAGAAGUAGACUCUAAUAGUGCUCGACUUGGCUUCUGGCUCCGGCCAGCGGUGGGGAACACUCGAUCAGACCAAACCGUACAAGGUCAAUGAUAUAAUACAUACUUCAAAUCCAUUUAGCCUUGGAUUUAAAUAACAAUCCAACUUUUUGAAAGUGGUUAUUUGAAUGAACUAUCCACAAACGAUAAGAACUUGGCAGUAAACUACAAGACUGUAUGUAUGCAACAAUUAGUCCAUUGGCAGGAAAUGAAUUAUCAAUUCAAUUUCUUACUCACUUUUAGAAGGGUUGGUUUUCUUUGUCCUGACGAUCACAAACUGAAUAUCUUCUGAUUUUGGUCUGGUGAAUAAAAACAAAUCUGAAUGAAUCUGUGAGAAAUUAAAACAAGAACGUUUCCCUAUUUCUGACUUUUAUAGUCUGAAAUAUGAAUUACAUAGCUUUAUCUCCAGAAUAAUCUUUGGUUGCAGCAAUAGUUAUUAUAUACUGUACAUUUUAACCUUCAUAUCAUCAUCAAUGAAGAUUUGGUGUAGAACCAUAUCAAUAAUGUUACGUUUUGCAUUUUGUACAGUGACUUGUGUUAUUGAAGUGUAGUUCGUAAACAUGUAUGUGUCUAUGUAUCAUGGUGCUUUAGUUUGAAUUCGUAGCUGAGCAGUUUGAGUAGUUGUCUGAAACAUUAAAUGUAUAGUGACUUUUAAUGUAUGGAAUUAUUUGUCUCUAUUUUACUGGAUAAAUAUUUGUUUUGGUUCCUGUUAAAAAUGUACAUUUGAUUAUUUCAAUAAUACAUUGCGCACCCUGCAGUAAAUUAUGUUUAUGGGUAUCCAAUACUGCCUUCUGAGAAGGGGAGGGGACGCAAUCUCUGUUCCCUCCCCCAAUUUAAUCUACGCUCCUGUGUAACAGUGAGUUUAUCGCCUCAGCCUUAGAACAGACAACGGUACAAAACGUCGCCCUCCCUCUAGAUGGCACCAUGUCCUCAGUGACUAAAGGCCAGGCCUCAGUGCAGUUAGGAUGAUAUCUUACCUCGUGAGGACAAUCAUCUCUCAACUGAAUUGGAUAUUUACAUUUUUUUUUCAGUUUUCACUUUACAAACAACGUCAUCCCCACAGACACAACAGUAUUAAACAGCCGGCCACCCAAGAGAGUGAAAUGUUAAACUUUUCAUAAAAACUAAAAAUAACACAGAUUCACA